CAAGAAAAUGGCCGAUUCAGAAUGACGGGUCGCAUCUGCUGUGCUAGCUUGGUUGAAUUUGCUUUAUUUCUGUAAUUACAUUCCAGCAGCGAAGCCGUUAGUAAAUACAUUCUAUAGGAAUAUUACGUGUCACAAACGAUGUCCAUUUGAUGUGUUUGUGAAGUAAAUGAAGCACUGUAUAUUAUUUUUUCAUUCGCAGCUUUUAUCGUUGGCAAUCAAAUCAAGUGCAGACAUGUCCUCAGUCAUCGUAGCAAAACGAGAGGGACCACAGUUCAUCAGCGAGGUCGCUGUGAGGGGCAACGCCGCCAUGCUGGACUACUGUCGGACGUCUGUGUCGGCUCUGUCCGGGGCAACAGCGGGCAUCCUUGGGCUCACAGGACUCUACGGAUUUAUCUUCUAUUUCCUCGCCUCGUUUCUACUCUCCCUUCUUCUAAUCCUCAAGGCCAGUCGCAGGUGGAACAAGUGCUUCAAGUCUCGGAGGAUGCUCUUCACAGGAGGGCUCGUUGGAGGUCUUUUUACCUACGUCCUGUUCUGGACCUUCCUCUACGGAAUGGUGCAUGUGUACUAAUAUAGUUGACCAGAAUUAUUUUGGUUUUAACCCUAAUGUCAGAGAAAUGAAUAUUAACUGCCCCACACACUGUUUGUAGAUAUAGGUGAUUGAUGAAACAUGUUAGAUUAACUGUUUAUACAGCUAUGUGAAGUACACUAUAUGUGCAAAAGUAUGUGGACACCCCUUCAAAUUAGUGUAUUUGGCAAUUUCAGCCACACCCGUUGCUGACAGGUAUACAACUGAGCACACAGCCAUGGAAUCUCCAUAGACAAACAUUACCAGUAGAAUAGCCUUACUGAAGAGCUCUGUCACUUUAAAUGUAGCUCUUGUCAUAGGAUGCCUCCUUUCCAACAAGUCAGUUUGUCAAAUUUCUGCCCUACUAGCGCUGCCCCGGUCAACUGUAAGUGCUGUUUUUGUGAAGUGGAAACGUCUAGGAGCAACAACCGCUCAGCUGUGAAGUGGUAGGCCACACACGCUCACAGAACGGGACCGUCGAGUGCUGUAACAUAGUCUGGGGUGUUUUUGGCGGGUUCGGGCCCCUUAGUUCCAGUGAAGGGAAAUCUUAACGAUUCUGUGCUUUGAACUUUGUGGCAACAGUUUGAGAAAGGCCCUUUCCUGUUUCAGCUUGACAAUGCACGGUCCAAACAGAAAUGGUUUGUUGAGAUUGGUGGGGAUUGAAUUUGACUGCCCUGCACAGAGCCCUGACCUCAACCAAUUCAUCCCAAAGGUGUUUGAUUUGGAAUGCCGACUGCGAGUCAGAUCUAAUCACCCGACUUCGGUGCCUGACCUUACUUGCUCUUGUGGCUGAAUGGAAGCAGGUCCCCGCAGAAAUGUUCCAACGUCUAGUGGAAAGCCUUCCCAGAAGAGUGGAGGCUGUUAUAGAAGCAAAGAGGGGGACCAACUCCAUAUUAAUGCCCAUGUUUUUGAAAUGAGAUGUUGGACGAGCAAGUGUCCACAUAAGUUUAGUCAUGUAGUGUAUAAGUCAGCAACUCUAUUUGUAUACUAAUAAAUAUUUCUCUCGUGCACUGAA